AUGCACUCCGUGCCACCCUUCACACUUCCCUCCGCAUAUCCACUCAGAAUAGCACAUCGAACCAAUGCUCUUGCAGUUGGUUACAUUCAGCAGGGGUACCGAUUGCUAAAAUGUGCUUCGCACGUGAAAGCCACGUGGCAUGUUAGAUUAGAAACUGGAAGUGCAAUGAAAUAUGCCACGAGUUUUAGGCGUGAAAUAUUUCAUCCAAUGCGAGUUCCUUUAUGCGGAAACUUAGAGUGA